ACUAACCCAUCCAUAUUGAUUACUGCUCACUCUACCCACCAAAUUCCGCACACAAUCUAAAGUUCUCAAGAACUCUAGAUUAACACUUAUUUUCACAUUUUCAAAAGAAACGAAAAAGAUUUUAAAUUUGUAACAAAGUCUAUUCACCCCCCCCCCUCUAGACUUUGUAUCUCACCACUUUGGGACCACCAAUUGGUAUCAGAGCAAACUUCUCACUAUCUACGUUUAGAUUAACGAGAAGCGAUCAAAAUGAUGAACAAUAUGGAUCACGGUUUGCCCAAGUUUUCUCUUCUAGGUUAUGAUGAUUGGAAGAUCAUGAUGGAAGCACACCUCUACGCUCUACAUGAUUGCAUGUGGAUAGUGCUUGAGGAUGGACCCUUGAAAAUCCAAAUGGAGAAUCCUGAGAGGAAUCCAGCAACUCCAGACGUAGUCCAGUACAUUCCAAAGCCCAAGGAAAAAUGGGAUGAUAGAGAUUGCAAAAAGCACAAUCUGGACAACAUCGCCAAAGCAGCCAUCUUCAAGACACUUGAUCCCAUCACCUUCUCCAAAAUCAAGCAUCUCAAGACUGCCAUGGAGAUAUGGCAAGGUCUUGGGAAGCUAUGUGAGGGAUCAGAGGACUUGAGAAAGCAGAAGAUAGAAGUUCUGCUUGAGAAGUUCAAAGGCUUCAAAAUGCUUCCCGGAGAAUCGUUCGAUAUGUUGGAUGAAAGAUUCCACAAAAUCUUGAAUGAUCUUGCCUCACUUAACCACGUUCUUUCUCUCAAAGAAAAGAAUGUAAGGUUGCUGAGAUCUCUUCCAACUGAGUGGUACACCAAAGCCACAGCCAUGGAAGAAGGAAGAAACCUGGAAAACUACACUGUCCAGGGUCUUCUUGAUGAGCUCAGAACCUAUGAGCACGAGCUGAAGAAGAAGAAGGAAGAACAAGUCACUCCCUUCCCCACGGCACUAAUGACAACUCCAAGAGUCCCAUCAAGUGAAGGGACAUGUCCAAGAAGCUGUGACACACCUCCCUCCAGCCAGCCGUCAAGCUCAAAAAUGGAGAACUACGAUGAGGAAUUUGCCAUGAUGGUCAAGCAAUUCCGGAAGUUCAAGAAGUUCUUCAAGAAGGCUGACUCAGUCAGAAGGCCAACCAAGGGAAAGCCACAA